GCUCAGUGCACACGGUUAGUCCUAACACAACACAAUGAGUAAACUUUGUGUUCUCGUCUUGGCAGUGGCCAUGAUUGCCAACUACUCGUCAGCUCUGAAUUGUGGUGAUGGAAAAAUUCGAGGCGUCAAUCUGGGCGGGUGGCUGGUUCUUGAACCAUGGAUCACACCUACCAUUUUCGAGGAAGUCAACGUGGAGCUCGGUGGCCAGGUGGUGGAUGAGUACACAUACGCUCAAUACGUGGAUCCCGACUUUGCUUCAGAUCGCCUCAAUAGACAUUGGGACGAGUUCUAUACCCGAGCUGACCUUGUGAAAUUGGUUGAUGCUGGGAUUUCUCAUUUGAGGAUUCCGGUGGGUUAUUGGUUGGUGGACGUGUCGCCCGAUGAGUUCUUUCCUCCCCCACCUGCUACUGAUGAUGAUGGCCAAAGAUUUUAUCUGAAGCGAUUGGCGGGUUGGUGCGAAGAGCUGGGCCUGAAGAUACUCAUUGAUCUGCAUUGCGGGCCCGGUUCCCAAAACGGGUUCGAUAACUCCGGUCAGCGAGGCGAGAUUAAUUGGUUCAAUCCGGACGAUCAUAGCAACAUUGACCGAACUUUGGUGAUUUUGGAAAAAAUUUCCGUCAUGAUGAAAUCAUGGAUCGACGAUGGAACCAUGUCUCCGGACACUCUCUUCGGAAUUGCCAUCUUGAACGAGCCUUGGGGAAUCUGGGAAGAGCUAUGGCUUGAACUGCGAGAUCAUUUCCAUUAUAACGCCUAUGAUGUUGUCAGGAACGUGUUAGGUGAUGGUCCCAAAGUGGUCAUUCAACAAGCCUUCCGGACUCCGACCGAUUUUCACGGUUAUAUGGCCGAAGGAUUUGAAAAUGUCAUGUUGGACCUUCAUGAAUAUCAUGCCUUUGGCGAGUAUUGGAACAAUUUGGCCGAGGACAACGCAGGAUGGAGCACUAACAUUGACACGUCUUGUGGGUUUAAGACUGUGAUGACUGAAUCAACCAUGGAUGUGGUUGUUGGAGAGUGGAGCUUGGCCAACCAAGAUUGCCAGAAGUACUUGGACGGGGGUUAUGACACUCCAUACCACCCUCCCAAUGGUUCUCCCGAUACCUGUGCUUAUUACAACAAGGAUUUCUCCGAGUACACAGACGACCACAAGGGAUUUUUGAGGAAUUUCAUGGCCGCUCAAAUGGAUUCCUACGAAGCUGGCGAUGGCUACUUCUUUUGGACCGCCAAAAGUGAAGAUAAUUGCGCUCCGGCAUGGGAUUUCUUGUUCCUUCUGGAGCAAGGAAUUGCUCCACAAAACCUGUGCGAGAGACCACGAAUUUGUACCAAUUAGGUCGAUGGACGUCCUGCAUUAUUUGCCUGAAAACAGCCGCCCUUUUCUCUAACAAUCAGUUGUGAAUUAAAAUUAAAGUUGAGCCUCUGAA